ACUAUAGAACGGUUGUGUAUGUGUUGUAUUAUGAGUUGUUUAAGUGUUGUAUGUUUCAGUGUGGGAUACGUGUUUAUGUAAUUUUCAUAUAAUAUUUUGUUGGAUAGUAUACCCAGUGUUUGUUUUUGGUGUGUUAUGCUCAAGUUUACCGCGAAUAUAAACAUUAAGUCCUCAGUGUGGCUCGGCGUGCUUUGGCUGUAGCCGACUGGGGAAUGGUGUGUAAAAAUCAUGGGUGCUCAACCAACUAAAGAACGUGGUGUUUCUACUGGAGCUUUAACUGUUAGAACAGCCAGGAGUAAACCUCGACAUCCUAAGGAUGGCCGUCAUCAGGGAUCAAACAUCUUUACAGAACACAGUGAGGCGCUGCUGCAGAGUCGACCACUGCCCCACAUCCCUGACCUGCCAGAUGGGGAGGCCCCCGCCUCUGUACCACUGCCGCUGGAGUCUGCCGCUCGCUGGACGUCCAAGGAGAACCUGCUGGCCCAGGAGGAGGAUGACCCGCAACUCUUUGUCGCCCUCUACGACUUCCAAGCGGGCGGAGAGAACCAGCUCAGUCUUAAGAAGGGUGAGCAGGUUCGUAUCCUGAGCUACAACAAGUCGGGAGAGUGGUGCGAGGCGCAUGCGUCGUCUGGACAGGUGGGCUGGGUCCCGUCCAACUACGUGACGCCCGUCAACUCCUUAGAGAAGCACUCGUGGUACCACGGGCCUAUAUCCCGCAAUGCGGCCGAGUACCUGCUGAGCUCGGGGAUCAAUGGCAGCUUCCUGGUGCGGGAGAGCGAGAGUAGUCCGGGCCAGCGGAGUAUCAGCUUGCGGUACGAGGGCCGCGUCUACCACUACAGGAUCAACGAGGACGACGGUGGCAAGGUGUACGUAACCACAGAGAGUAAGUUCAACACAUUAGCAGAACUUGUUCAUCACCACUCGAUGCAUGCGGAUGGCCUCAUCACGCAGCUCCUGUACCCAGCACCCAAACACAACAAACCUACAGUCUUCGCCCUGAGUCCAGAGCCGGACGAGUGGGAGAUCAACAGGACGGACAUUGUGAUGAGACACAAGCUGGGAGGAGGUCAGUACGGAGAUGUGUACGAGGCUGUGUGGAAGAGGUACAACGUCACUGUGGCCGUCAAAACACUCAAGGAAGACACAAUGGCCUUAAAAGACUUCUUAGAAGAAGCAGCAAUAAUGAAAGAAAUGAAACAUCCAAAUCUAGUCCAAUUAUUAGGUGUUUGUACGAGAGAGCCGCCAUUCUACAUCAUCACAGAGUUCAUGAGCAAAGGCAACUUGCUGGAUUACCUGAGGCACGGCAACAAAGAGCAGAUCAACGCAGUUGUGCUCAUGUACAUAGCCACACAGAUAGCCAGCGGCAUGAGCUAUCUGGAGAGCCGUUGCUUUAUACACAGAGACCUGGCGGCGCGUAACUGUCUAGUAGGAGAAAAUCACUUAGUGAAGGUGGCAGACUUUGGUCUGGCGCGGCUCAUGAGAGAUGACACCUACACGGCGCACGCAGGCGCCAAGUUCCCCAUCAAGUGGACAGCACCUGAGGGACUGGCGUAUAACAAGUUUUCUACCAAGUCGGAUGUGUGGGCGUUUGGUAUUCUACUGUGGGAGAUUGCCACCUACGGGAUGUCUCCUUACCCUGGUGUGGAUCUUACAGAUGUCUACCACAUGCUGGAAAAGGGUUAUAGGAUGGAGUGUCCGCCAGGUUGUCCACCCAAGAUCUACGAGCUGAUGAGACAGUGCUGGCAGUGGGUGCCAUCAGAGCGACCUACCUUCCAGGAGAUACACCACGCACUGGAGAACAUGUUCCAGGAGUCAAACAUCAUUGAAGAGGUAGAGAAGCAGCUACAAGGCAGCAACACACCUCAGCUGCCUUACAAGAAGCCUCACACAGGCAGUACAGGAAACAUACAUAGUCUGGUGCUAGUGUCCGACCAGCCAGUCCCAGAUGCUGCGCCUGUAACAAAGCUAUCGACAUUCAGCAGUGGUCCGACCAAGUCCAGCUUAGUUCAGUUAAGAAGGCCAACCAACCGCAAGGGAAAAACAGCCCCGGCGCCUCCAAAACGCACAAGUCUACUAUCGUCAUGCAGUUCGUUCCGAGACUCGACCUAUCAGGAGCAAGAGAUGGCGCAGCCUGCAGCCGGAGAUUUGGCUGAUGACUCCACCACCCUUAAUGGUAUAGAUCUCAUAUUCCAAGGCAUCACCCGAGAGCUGCAGAGUAUGACUCAGAGUAACAAGGGAGACAGUGAAGAUCAGAUGACACCAGAUACGGACGACAGCGGAGCUCACAGUGAGGGGUUCAAGAGAGCUCCUCCCCCCGUCGGCUCACGGGCUCCUCUGGAACAGCGGGGCAAGAAGUCUCGGACUUACCCACCCAAGGAGCAGCCUAACACCAACAAGGUGGUACAAGUGGCUGCGCUGGAGGUUCAGAACGUCAAACGAGCUAUAAACCGGUAUGGCACUCUGCCAAAGGGAGCUCGCAUUGGGGCCUAUCUAGAGUCUCUGCGGCAGAGUGGACUCAGUGAGGGACAAGGAGCCGAGACUCCUCCCCCCCCUCGUUCUGUCUCCCCUCGUAACAACGUCCGCACACAGCCUGGACACAUGAUCCGUAGCAACUCCUCAGGAGGCUUCCAACAUCACCACCACCCCCCCUCCAGUCCCCGCCAGCGGCACCCUAGAGCGACUCAGCCUUCGCUGGCCGACCUAGAGUUUCCCCCACCACCCCCGCCUGAAGAGCUGGACACUGGGCUCGAUGUGAGUAACCCUCAACCUUCAGUGGAAGAAGCGAGUUUCCGUUUCGGUGUGAGUUUGAGGCACCGAGAACCCUCCACAGACUCCUGUAGUUCGGCAAAAUCUGAACCGGUCAGGAUCCCUUCUAAAACUUCCCCUCGUCCGCGAGACAGGCCUCCAAGUCCUCCUAGUCAGACCCCGAGUCAAGAAACGAAAAGUCCUGCUUCAGAUGAGCCUCAUUCUCCAUCACCUGUUGUGCCGCCCUCUCCUCCCCCCUCACCCAAACAGACCAAAGACGAGGGCCAAGACGAAGAAGAGAAGAAAUCUCCCACUUCUAAGAUUUUGAAAAACGCAAUGCCGGUAAUGAUGAAGGAGAUGUUAGACCUUAAAUUAGCUGCAGAACUGAAAGAGAAGUCUUCGAAUAAAGCUUCAAAGGACUCUCCACCAAAUGAAGUGAUUGAAGGUGAUAACUCUGAAGCACAAACCUCCCCUGUAGAUUUUAAAGUGAACCUAAGAAAAGUCAGUUUGAAUUCGGACACGAGUGCCAAGCAAGAAAGCGCUUUCAAGACACAGUUGAAGAAAUUUGAAGUGAAAAAAGAAGACGAUAAGUUGAAUGGUGGGGUAAUAGAUCUGAAGUCGAGACUGAGGAAGGUUGAUACCAAUAACACUCCAGCAAAACCUGAAGAGGAAGAAGAAGGGGAUGAUAAACGAAGAAGCACCGGGAGUAUAAGUAGUUUAAAGAAACUGUGGGAAGGUGAAAGCAGUCCUCCAGAAGUAGUGAAGGAAAGAAGGGUUUGGCCUCCAGAAGAAAAACCUGCUGUACCUACAAAACCCAAUGUAAAACCCGUGGUAAAGCCUGCUGCGAUCUACGCUACGCCAGGUGUCUUGUCCAGUGUACUAGAGAUCUGGCAGGCGUUGGAGACGAGUCUGGCGAGCCUGAGAUCUUCCAGCUCAGUUUCGUCAUCUAGCUGGCUGCAACUGUCGGACAAAGUUGGAAUGUUUCAUACCUCGUGUUUGGCGUAUGCAGACUCUGUUGCUCCACCUCACGCGCGCUUCCAUCUGCGUGAGCUUCUCAACAGACUGGAGACGCAGGCCAGGACUCUGCGCUCAGCUGGCGCUCGCAACCAAGCAGACAACACCAAAACAUUGGCCGAGCUGCACAACACCCUUAAAGACAUUGUGAAUGCAGUGCAAAGAUAGGGUGACCCUUAGUUCUCCCGUCAUAGUUUUUUUAAUUCCUCAGGUUCGCUUAAAUUCAAUAUUUGUGUUCUGUAUUGUUUAUAUAAUAUCUAAAAUGAAAUAGAAAUUAAAUUUCCCAUCCAUCAAUACUUUGCUAUAGGGGUAAACAGCUUCAAAUAUAAUUUGUCCCCAAUACCAAGCUGAUCUUGAACUCAUGAUGUAAGUACUGAUUUUGUACCUUACUUGAACGCGGUUUUUUAGCAGUUGUAUAAUAAUAUGUAUGUAGUCUGAGUAUAUUUAUUGUUGCUGUAAUCUUAUUGUAUUUAAGGGAAUCAUUGUGUAUAUUUUAUUUAAUAUUUUUUAUACUCUCGAAUUCUUUAGUAUUGACAUUGGGAAGUGUUCAAUUUUUCAUAUUAUGUAAAUAUAGUGCAUUCGUCGGUUUUGUAACCUUAUUCGAUUAUCCACUUACUUCUAGCCCUGUGAUAAAAAUUGUGUGUACGUAUGUGUGUAUAAAUAUAAUUUUAUUUUGCUAUGUUUCGCUCAAGCCUAACUCGAUGUUUUAUCGUUGUACGAAUGUGUGCGACAAACUGCUAGUCUUUUGUUGUGAAUUGUCGUGUAGCAAAGACUUACUAGAUUUUACUUAUACUUACUAAUUUGUUUUGUUAAUAUUUUCUAUGAAAGAGGAUGGUAUUUUUAUUAAUCCCAUAUGUGUCAUACACUUACAGUCCUUGAGUCAAAGACAUUACGUUAAGCAUUUACAAUUUUGUAUGUUAACAUUACCAGUAUUUAUUAUAUUUUUUGUAUCAUGUGUGUUUUAACUUGACUUUUUGUACUGAUUAUCAUUAGCUAGUUUUAACCAUGGAUCAUAGGGCUGAAUUGUCACUCUUUCAAAUUUCGUUUAAAUAAUUUCUAAUUAGCGUUGAAUUCAAUUUUUAACUCUAACAUUUUGGCAUUUUAAGGAUGAAUGGUCAAUCUAAAUCCCAUUUGAUCAAAUUUAUGCCAUGAAAUUUAUGUUUGUUAAGAAAUUCAUAUAUUUUUGCAAGUUUAAAUAAAUACAUGAUUUUAUGUCUUGAUUCUGAUAAAAGCUACAAACCAAAGCGAAUAAACUGGUUUAUUUUAUACUGCGUAUUUGGUAUGGAAUCAAACUUAAAUGCAAGCAUAUCCAUUCAGUAGAUCUGGCCAAAACUAUGAAGAAUCUCUGAAUAUAUUUUCAUAAAGUUUUUAACUAAUUUUUUUAUUGUACAAAAUUGCACUGGUUUUGACAGUUGAUUUGUUCAAUUUCAUCCCAUUUUUUGUAUACCAAAGGCAUCUAUUGUUCACUUCAGUUGUCUACCACGCUUGACUGAAAGUCAUAUUUUGAUAGGCCUAUGAAGAUUUCUUUGAGCUUUAUUGUUCAGCUAGAUGUAAGGAGUGUGGUGUUGAAGUCAAUCGGACGGAUUAUGAGAGUCUGAUUGUUGGUUCCUAACUAACAUGGUUCGGCCGCGUCUCUAAGAGACUUAUUUUUUAUGGUUUAUCAAAUAUACAUUUGAGGUAAUUGUAAACUACAUAUUUAUUUGUAAGGCUGGCUUAUCUUGAUUUUGUACAGUUUUACAUCGCAUGCUUGGUCUUUUUGUACAGUACUGCAGUUAUAGAGCAUCUAGAGUAUAAAUUACUGUGUGAAUGUUUGUAAUAUAAAUAUAAAGUU